AUGCGUUACAGCUUAGUUUUUAUAUGCGGCUGUUGUUUUCUAGUCAUAAUCACAACAUUGGCCAUUGUCUACGAGACCAAAAGGAUAAUUUUACUACGGAAACAAUCAUGGCAGGAGGAUGAAGUUUAUGUCUCGGACACAAACACUGAGCAAGAUAACGAUAACAGCAGCAGUUUUAAUGUACGAAAUUUAGCAUAUGACCUACAAUCUCUAGCAACAGGUCUUUUUUUGACAACAACCAGCAACAAUAAUAAUAAUGAUACUUUACAACAACAUCAAUGGUUUGAAUCGUUGUACAGUAUUAAGCGUCGAAGAAAACGAGAAACAAUUGAAAUCGACAAAAUGGGCAAUCGUGUUUACAAUGUUGGUGUCCUGAUGGCAUCUCAUUUGGAUUCACCUUUCGACCUGGAACGUUGUGGUCCCGCUGUGGAUAUAGCUUUGGAUGUUAUUAAUAAAGAAUUUCUAAAUCCCCAUAAUAUCACCUUACGAAAAGUUCAAGCAAGAAAAAAGCCACCCUCUGAGGGAGAAUUGACUGUAACAUCUGGUAUUUUGGGUAGAAUACACAAAUGGAAAAAUGAAAGUACGGGCAUGUUUAAGGAUAAAACCAAAUAUCCAACCUUAACACGUAUGUCCUAUUGUCAGUGUCGCUUGAAAUUAGUCUUUGCCAGUGUAUUUCGUCAAUUUAAUUGGAAACAUGUUGCUCUUAUAGUAGAUCGUUCGGAUUUAUUCUCCCUAACAGUGGGUAAGAAUUUGGAGUACGGUUUACGGCAGGAGGGAUUAUUGAGUUUUGUACGUGAAUUGAAUGGCAAUGAACAGGAACCAUAUGAAUUAUAUUUAAGAGAUGCCAGCAUGUAUGCUAGAGUGGUAAUUUUAUCGGUACGUGGUACUUUAGUAAGAAAAUUUAUGUUAGCUGCUUACUCCUUGGGCAUGACUAAUGGCGAUUGGGUAUUUUUGGAUGUGGAAAUUUUUCAGAGUUCCUAUUGGGGUGAUCAUGACUGGGAAAUGGGUGAUCCAGAUGAUGGACGUGCACGUAAAGCUUACGAAGCUUUGUUGCGUGUAUCACUUUUACAACCAUCCAGUCCACAAUAUCAGGGAUUUUCCGAGAGUGUUAGAGAAAUGGCUUUGACAAAUUACAAUUAUACUUUCAGCGAUGGAGAGGAGGUCAAUUUCUUUAUUGGUGCUUUCUAUGAUGGUGUUUAUCUCUUGGGUAUGGCCUUAAAUGAGACUUUAAGUGAGGGCGAGGAUAUACGCGAUGGCAUGGCCAUAACAAGACGCAUGUGGAAUCGUGAUUUUCUAGGUAUUACGGGUCAUGUGCGCAUCGAUGAUAAUGGUGAUCGUGAUGCUGAUUAUUCUAUAUUAGAUUUGGAUCCUAUAAAUGGUAAAUUUGCGGUGGUGGCUCAUUAUUAUGGUUUACAUCGAAAUUACUCUGCCGUCAAUGGCAAAAAGAUACAUUGGCCCGGUGGCCGUGAGGGACCACCACCAGAUAUACCUAAAUGUGGUUUCUUGGGUAAUUCUCCCGAUUGUCAUGGGAACGAAUUAAUCAUAAUGUACGCCAUGUUUGCUUUUGCUAUAUUCUUGGGUUUCACCUUUCUGGUUGUGUAUUUAAUGUGCAAACAAAUGAAAUUGAACAAUGAGCUAAAUAAUAUGUCCUGGAGGGUACGACCAGAUGAUGUUUUACUAGAAGUCGGUCGUUUAUAUGGAAGUAAAGUUGGUUUACAAAAACUAAAUGCUGAAAACUUUUCCUUACAACAAUAUGGCAUACACUCGGGAAGAGCGUCUAUAGCCAGUUGCACAUCGCUACCCUUAACUCAAGUCUUUACUACCAUUGGUAUAUUCAAAGGAGAACGUGUAGCGAUUAAAAAGAUUCAUAAGAAAAAAGUCGAUAUAACUUCAACUCUUUUGUGGGAAAUUAAACAGGCACGUGAUGUAAGUCAUGAAAAUACUGUAAGAUUUGUAGGAUCCUGUAUAGAUUUGCCCCGACCAACGGUACUCAUACUCACCGAAUACUGUCCCAAGGGUAGUCUGAAAGAUGUCCUUGAAAAUGAGGCCAUACAAUUGGAUUGGAAUUUUCGUAUGUCUCUAAUACAUGACAUAGUCAAGGGCAUGGCGUAUUUGCAUAAUAGCGAUGUACAGGUUCAUGGUAAAUUACGUUCUUGCAAUUGCUUAAUCGAUGGACGUUUUGUCUUGAAGAUAUCGGAUUUUGGUUUGAGGACACUGACCACACCAUCGGAGUUUGUUAAGGAUUUGAAUUAUUUUAAUAAAUUCCUAUGGAUUGCCCCGGAACUAUUACCCUUGACUGUCUUUCCCGGUAAUCCUGCUACACAAAAGGGAGAUGUCUAUUCUUUCGCUAUUAUUCUGGAGGAAAUUGUUGUUAGGGGAGGACCUUAUGAAACGGCGCGCCAAUUUAUGGAUGUUCAAACUAUUUUAAAUCGUGUAGAAUCUCACGAAAGUCCACCAUUUCGACCAUUUGUGGGACAACGUGACUGUCCUCCGGAUGUUUUGGAUUUAAUGGAUAAAUGUUGGGCAGAUAAUCCCGAUGAUAGGCCUGCCUUUGCAGCCAUACGUUCUACGGUCAGGCUAAUAAUGAAAGGUUUCUGUGAAAAUCUCAUGGAUGAUUUGCUGCGCCGUAUGGAGCAGUAUGCCAACAAUUUGGAAAGUCUUGUUGAGGAAAAAACCGAACAGUUGAGCAUUGAAAAGAAACGCACCGAAGAGUUACUCUAUCAAGUUUUGCCACGACCUGUGGCCACUCAAUUGCUAGCCGGUGAAAUGGUACAACCCGAACAAUUUGAAUGUGUCACUAUAUAUUUCAGUGACAUUGUUGGUUUUACGGCUCUUUGUGCUCAAAGUGGUCCCAUGGAAGUAGUGGAUUUUCUCAACGAUCUCUAUAGUACCUUUGAUCGAAUUAUAGGUUUCUAUGAUGUCUAUAAAGUCGAGACAAUAGGUGAUGCUUAUAUGGUAGUCUCCGGUUUACCCGAACGUAAUGCUGAUAAUCAUGCAAGAGAAAUUGGUUUGAUGGCUUUGGCCAUAUUGGAUGCCGUGAAAAGUUUCAGUAUUAAACAUAAACCCGAGUAUCAAUUGAAAAUACGAAUAGGCAUACAUUCAGGACCAGUGUGUGCCGGAGUAGUGGGUCAAAAGAUGCCACACUAUUGUUUAUUUGGGGAUACGGUUAAUACAGCUUCACGUAUGGAAUCUACGGGAAUGCCCUUAAGAAUCCAUGUUUCUUCAGCCACUAAAGUUAUAUUCGAUAAAUUUGGCACCUUUGAACUAGAGCUGCGCGGUGAGGUAGAACUUAAGGGUAAAGGCACAGUUAUCACCUAUUGGUUGGUGGGUUGUACCGAACCAGAUCCACGUCCCCCAACACCGCAUAAGAACAAUAAUGAUGAUGUUCCUUUUCCUAUAUUAUUUCCCGCCAUUGGCAAGUAAAACGAGUAUACUUUAAAGUUGAAACUAGUCAAAUUGUCUGUUAAUGUGUGUUUGUGUGUAUGUUAAAGAUGAAUGUAUAAUUUAGUAAAUAACCAAAGAAAACUAACCAAACCCAACUAUAGU